AUGAAAGGCUUGGUUUGCACUAGGGCCGUCUCGAACCCUCGACCGUGUGGAUACAACGGACCUCUAACCGAGGAAAGAUACAGAAGGAAACCUCAAGGAAAUUUCCUGUUAGGAAAAUAUUCAAAAAGAUUAGAGAUUUCGAAUGUCUCACUUGUUCGAACUGUCGACGUCAUAAAAGUUGUGAAGAAGUUCAUACAUAUUAAGCAGUUCCACUACGACAAAAACGAAUAUUUUAUCUUUGAUCUAACAACUUCGUUUUUUCGGUAG